AUGGCAGGAGAAACGGCUCUUCGCUGGGCCAGGCUGGCUCUCGUAUGUCUUAUUUUCUUCAUUGACAUUGCCAGCCUGGGCAUGUGUACGAUUGCUCUUCCUUCCAUGAAAAGCGACCUCGGAUUCGACCAGGGCUCUUUACAAUGGGUUUUGACAGCUUACGCUUUGACGUUUGGCGGAUUUCUCAUGGUGGGCGGUCGCCUGGGUGAUGUCUUUGAGCAUAAAUUCAUUAUCCAGGUUGGCAUGUCCCUAUUCAACAUUGCGACCCUUGUGUGUGGUGUGGUGCCAAACAAGAUCGGACUCGUCGUGGGUCGCGCCUUUCAAGGCCUAGCUGCAGCUUUGACUAUCCCUUCAGCUCAAGCCCUUGUUUCACUGCUGUUCGAAGACCCCAAGUCUCGUGUGCUUGCUUUCGGGGUGUGGGGAGCCACCGGAUCCACUGGAUUCGUUCUGGGACCGAUUUUUGGUGGCUUGUUUAGUUCUCUCGCAAAUUGGCGCUGGAUCUUCUGGUUCACUCUCAUUGUUGAGGGCACCCUACAGGCACUCUCAUUGCUACUGCUUUGGGCCUUCAAGGGACCAGCGACAAACUCGCAGGACAACGACAAAUCGACUUUCAACAUCCUCAGCCGCUUUGAUCCCCUCGGCAUCUGCCUUUCCAUUCCAGGGCUCAUCCUUCUGGUCUACGGGUUGACAACGGGAAACAUUCACGGCUGGGAUCAGGCUAGCGUCAUUGCCACUAUCGUCAUCGCCGUAUGCCUUCUUGGUGCCUUCGCGUUUGUUGAACUGAGAUUCGCUGCGCACCCUCUCAUCCCAAUCUAUCUCUGGUCGGACACAAUCAAGAUUUCUGGAUGCGUCAUUGCAGCAUUCACUUAUGCUGUGUGGCAGGGAGCAAACUACCUCCUCACACUUCAACUACAAGACUUCGGGUUCUCGGCCUUGCAAACGUCCGUCCACUUCCUUCCCCUCGGCAUCACGGCAUGCGUGGUAAACUUCAUCAUCCCCCAUCUCCUAUCCCCAGUCGGACCGAGACUGCUCUUGACCAUUAGCUGGAUCCUUGCCAUUGUCGGUGUUUUCCUAUUGUCUCUGAUGAACUCGAACGACGACUACUGGCGCUACUGUCUACCGGGCAUGAUCCUCUACAUCACGGGCGUAGGAACGGUGUACUACGUCGGUAACGUGGUUGUCGUGGCUUCGGCCCUCGCGAAGGACCAGGGAUCGAUUUCUGGUGUUUACAACAUGUGCUUGAACGUUGGCGGUGCGGUUCUCGGUGUUGCUGUGCUCACCGUCAUCGACAAUUCUGUCACGGCGAACAAUGGAGGCCAGAACGAUGCCCAAGCCAGACUUGAUGGCUAUCGUGCUGGGUACUACGGUGCUAUUUUCAUGUGUGGCUUGGCAAUCAUUCUCUCGGUGCUGGCUAUCCGGCCGAAGAAGGGCGCGGAUGCUACAGCUGACGAGCAGUGUGAGGCGGAGUCAGAUAGCUCCAGGGCUACACCAUCAAGCAAAGAAAACGUCUGA